AUGGUAGAGGUAUCUUCUGAAAUGGAGCAACUUAAGGCCUUAAUACUAGCUAAGCCUAUUUUUGCAGCAAUUAAAACCACAUGCUCUUUCUGUGUUAGAUUCUUAAGCACCAUUGAUAAGCUCAAAUAUGCGGAUCUUACACAGACAAUUAAUGAAAGACAUCAUGAGCCAUUGCUGACAAAACUAAGGGAAAUAGUCCAGAAAACAUACGGACACAAAACAGUCCCCAUUGUAUUUAUUAAUGGACGAUUCAUAGGAGGAAAUGAUUCGUUUGAAAAAAUACUCAAAAACAUUAAAAACAUCAUGAGCUUGCCUAGAUUAGAUAAAUCAUUAGUGCUUACAAAAGAUGCCGUCUAUAAGGAAUGA